CGAUGCGGCCACACCCGCAACUCUGCGAAAGUUCCGCCAAGAUGAAAGCCCGAACGAUAUCAAGUUCACCCAACUAAAACCAACCCCAGUCCAACGAAUACCUACCAACCCCAAUAUCUCUCAAUUAGGCGCAAGAAAGACAAAAUGGUCCGCCAAUUCUCCAAGUUCCCCAAGAAGCCCGCCGACUGGCUCUCCCCCUCGGCGCCGCUAUCCAUGCGGAAACAGGUCUACCUCCCUGACUUCACAAUCGCUCUCAUCCGCACACCAUUUCUGCCUCCGCGAUACGCCUCCUUCUACGUCCCGUUGAGUUUCAACAAGCUGGAUAUGCGCGAUUACAUGCAACGUGUGUAUGGGGUCGACGUCAUCUCCGUGAGAAGCUACGUCGAGCAGCAGAAGGUCACUCGGCUUCGUCCUCAGGGUAAAUUCGGAUACGGGAAGAUAAGAAGACCCAUGUCGAAGAAGAAGAUGACGAUUGAGAUGACACAGCCAUUCGUUUGGCCCGAGGCUCCGAAGGAUAUGUCUGAUUGGGAACACAAUCAGUUCCACGCAGCGGAAAAAUACCAAAGUGAGAUCCAAGAUAUGCAUCGUCCGGACGCGGGCACGAAGGUUGAUACGGCGUCGCGCGAGGCCUACGCUGAGGAAGCGAAGAAGCUGCUGGACGGCUCGAAAACGUGGAGACCUACUUGGCAGGCUUUGGGUCUUAGCUAUGAUCGCACGGGUCUCGGCAAGUCUUCCACUAGUUCAUGAGUGGUUUGCAUCUUGUAAUUGUUUUAUUUCUUCCCUGUCGUGCUUUAUUUUUCCGUGUUAGGCCUGGAAGGUCGGGUAUAGAAAAGCGGCUUUACUCUGCGCUUUGGUGAUCUGGUCUGUGCUGAUGGACCGUUUCUU